AUGGCAUGGAUUAAUUCCAGACUUCCAGCUUCAUCAGACGUUCCUGAAGUUGGAAUUUUUAGAAAAAGUCCAGCAGAAACUAUGAGAGAUUUUGCCAGAAGUCAACAAGUGGACGAGACUCAAGAUUAUAAGACAAGCUCUUUUUCAGAUCUACCAAAGCACCAUGUAAAUCAAGCAGGGGACCAAACAAACAAAAAUGGAUCAGUACUCCUACUCACUAAUGGAUCGUUACUGUUAAUGCUUAAUGCUGCAGAACCGGAAAUGCCUGACAUUCUGCCAAAAAUGUUUCCAAAACGUACUGAUGAACAACUUGGGAAACAAUUACAACAGAAGAGCCAACAUUUAGAUCUGUCACAGUAUCUAAUAAGAGACAGACCUCUUAUGGAUUUUGCUAAAUAUUUCAUAAACAGAUUUGACGACCAGAAUGAUUCGAAUAGCAGCAAUGGUGACCCGGGAGAAAAAAGACCGACAGUAAAUUUAGAUGCUAUUGUAGAGGAAGAUAAGAAACCUUCAAAGCUUAAAAGAUUGCGAAGUAAUUUGAAAGAAUUUAAGAAACGAAUUGUGCGACCAUUUACCAUAUUUACAGCCUGUUUUAGCUCAAAAGCAGAACAUUAA